CGUUUUCCAUUUCGGUUACCCUAUAAAUUCUCACACAGCAAUCCGCCAACCCUAGAAACCGCAGACUCUCUCUCCCGCGGCUUAGGAUUUUUUGUGCUGUUUGCUGCUUCAACUCUAGCCAUGGCGGCUGUGGAAGCCGAUGUUGCCGCUUCAGGGAUACCGAAGAAGAGAACAUUCAAGAAGUUCAGUUUCAGAGGUGUCGAUCUCGAUGCUCUCUUGGAUAUGUCCACUGAUGAGCUCGUCAAGCUCUUUCCUGCUCGUGCCCGCCGAAGGUUUCAGAGAGGCUUGAAGAGGAAGCCAAUGGCUCUGAUCAAGAAAUUGCGCAAGGCUAAACGGGAGGCUCUACCUGGUGAGAAACCUGAGCCUGUUAGGACGCACCUCCGCAACAUGAUUAUAGUUCCUGAAAUGAUCGGUAGUAUAAUUGGUGUUUACAAUGGAAAGACCUUCAAUCAAGUGGAAAUCAAGCCUGAAAUGAUAAGUCAUUAUUUGGCUGAAUUCUCAAUCUCCUACAAGCCUGUCAAGCACGGAAGGCCUGGUAUUGGUGCCACCCAUUCAUCCAGGUUUAUUCCUCUCAAGUGAAGAUUCUGCAUGCGUCUUUCAUUCAUGGCUUUUUGGGAAUGUUAUUUUGUUAUUGAAUUUUGAUCUGUGUUUAGUGCAGCUGCUUUGCUUACAAUAAGUACUCAGUUAGAACAAGACUUAUUUAAGCUUUGCCUUUCUUUCCUAUUUCCCCUUCUUAGGAAAAUACAAAUAUUGAA